AAUAUUUAUAUUUAUUUUCUUUACGUUUGCAUAUUUCACUUGAGCUAAGUAAAAUCGUUGUCUUGUAAAACAUUUAUUUGACUAAAGGAAGAACAAGAGUCUUGUAAAACAGUUUAUUUGACUAAAGGAAGAACAAGAUUACUGAUAACAUUUUCUCAUCUUUUAAGCAGAGAUGUUGUGUGCUUUUCAGCGCAGUGUCCGUUUGACACCUCAACUUGUUGGUUCUGUUCAAUUCUACAGUUCCUUGGGAGAGAAGAACUACCAACAUGCUUCACCAAAAGCUACUGAAUCUACGACAAAAAAGAAUGAAUUCUCCUGGCAAGACCCUUUGCUCCUAGAGUCUGCACUCACCGAAGAAGAAAUCCUCAUCCAAAAUUCCACCAGAGAUUUCUGCAAUGAACGACUCAUGCCCAGGAUCCUGCAAACUAACAGAAAUGAAACCUAUGACCGAGAUGUGAUGCCAGAGAUGGGUGCUAUAGGUGUUUUGGGGGCAACUAUCAAAGGCUAUGGCUGUCCUGGAGUGUCUUCUGCAGCCUAUGGCCUCAUCGCCCGUGAAGUGGAGCGUGUGGAUUCUGCUUACCGAUCUAUGCUAUCAGUUCAGUCAUCAUUGGUGAUGUUCCCAAUAUAUGCCUUUGGAGCCGAGGACCUAAAGCAGAAGUUCCUGCCAAAGCUAGCCACUGGGUCGCUGGUGGGAUGCUUUGGCCUCACAGAACCUGAUGCAGGGAGUGAUCCAGCGGGCAUGAGAACUACAGCUACCUACCAGUCUGCUGAUGACACCUACCGACUCAAUGGCACCAAGACCUGGAUCACAAACUCGCCCGUGGCAGACGUGUUUGUGGUGUGGGCGAAGUGUGAGGACGGUCACAUACGGGGCUUUGUUAUUGAGAAAGGAACUCCCGGAUUGUCUGCACCUAAAAUCGAAGGGAAAUUUUCUCUCAGAGCGUCGCCUACAGGGAUGAUUGUAAUGGAGGACGUGGUGGUGCCCGCUACAAACAUGCUCAGUGCCGUGAAAGGACUCAAGGGUCCUUUCUCAUGCCUGAACAACGCCCGGUUUGGUAUAGCGUGGGGAGCCAUGGGAGCUGCUGAGGCCUGUGUCUCCAUUGCUCGCGACUACACCCUCAACAGGAAAAUGUUCGGUCGACCGCUGGCUGCCACGCAGCUCAUACAAAAGAAGCUCGCAGACGCCAUCACGGAGAUCAGCCUCGCCCUCAACGCCUGCCUGCACGUGUCUAGACUCAAGGAUAUGGACAAGGUAACGCCUGAGAUGAUCAGUUUGCUGAAACGGAACUCGUGCGGUAAAGCGCUGGACAUUUGCCGCUCUGCCCGCGACAUGCUGGGAGGAAACGGAAUUUGUGAUGAAUACCACGUCAUCAGGCACUGCAUGAACCUGGAGGCUGUCAACACGUACGAGGGAACGCACGACGUUCACGCCCUUAUCCUGGGUCGAGCCAUCACUGGCAUCCAGGCGUUCUACUGAUGCCCGGACUUACCUUGUAUGGGGAUACAUUCAGUGAUGGAGAGAAGCAUAUGCAGACAUCUGUAGAUCAUCAGCGGAGUAUAUUCAGUCUACUGGUAUCUCUAUGGUAUCUACGACCCUCUGAUAUCAGCGGCCAGUGGGCGGUAAUAGUGCACUGAUAUUCUACAGUCUAUUGGCAUCUACGUUCAACUGGUAUCUACGGAGUACCUGCAGUUAAUCGAUAUGUACGACCCAGAUUUUACAGUGUUGGCCAAAUUGUUAUGCGUUUAACGCGCCUAUUUUCAUAAAAUUUAUCUGUGAUGAAGCUGGGGUUCUUAGCUCUCUACGGCGGAAAUAUUGAAGCCAAUAUCGACAGAAAAGCCUGGUUUUUCUGCUAUAUCAUAAAGCCUUGCUUUCUUCCUAAGGAAUUAUAAUUAUAAUAAUAAGGAAUUAUAAUAAUAUAUUACAAUCAUUUUCAAAAUGAUUGUACUGCUUUAUUCCUAAGUGUUAAACUAAUGCAAUAUAUUUUUGCAGGUAAAAAAUUUUGUUCUUAAAUGCCGGCCGAAACUCGUAUGUUGUCGUGCGUUUUAAGUUACAUUUUUCAAUGUUUUAUCGUUCAAGUAUUGAUCUAAGUAUUUUGUAUAAUCUGCAUGGUGCUGCUUAGAAGCUUUCGCUUAGAGAUUACGUGUACCUGAUAGGCUCGCUUAUUGCGUUGAUAAGCUCAUUCGUUGUGUGUUGUCUAUACCGCUUAUAAAUAACCUGCAUGGUUAUGCUUGUUGACGACUCGAUUAUACGGCAUAAACUUCAGCUCUAGCCUACAUGGUAAGAUUGUUAUGGCAUAAUACUGUUUAUUAACCUAAAUAUCCAUGUAUGUUUGAAUGAGAUUUCAUUAAUUAGAUGAUAAGUUCAGUGUUCCCUAAGAUAUCGAAAUUGUACUCUUUAUUAAUGAUCCUUGUGUAUGAAGGCUUCUGAAACCUCGGACCAAAAUGUAAUUUAGACUCAAUUAAUCAACAAUGGUCGUGGCUCACAAUACACAAUUUCACCGGCUUCUGAACGCGCCACUUAUUA